CUUCUCUUCCCUGUGAACUUUCUCUGCUAUGAAAUUGUGAUAUUGAACGAGAAAUUAGGGUUCAUUUUGAAGCGAAGAUGACGAAAGAGCAAGCUGAUAACGGAAGAGAUGACAUGGUGAUUGAUGGACCUGGGCAAGCAAAUGAUGUGCCUGAUGAAUUUAACGCUAACUAUCUCAGAAUCUACUAUGGGAAGCUAUUUCCUCAUGCUGACAUGUUCAAGUGGAUGUCUUACGGAAAUGAUGGCAAGCAUCCCGGUUGUGACAAAUCCUACUUUGGAAGAAGGGAAUUUUCUUUCACGCUAGAAAAUGACAUUUAUAUCCGAUUCCAGUCUUUCAACAGUGUUACGGAACUGGAAAAUUCCAUCAAAGAAAAGUGUCCAUUCAAGAUAGAUAUCGGGCCUGUCUAUAGCGUUGAUCCUGCCAAGAGGCAUGCUUAUGCGCAAAGUGGCGACAAUGUUUUCACUCCAGUUGAGAGAGAAUUGGUUUUUGAUAUUGAUAUAAGUGAUUAUGAUGAUGUUAGAUAUUGCUGCACGGGAGCAGAUGUUUGUUUGGAAUGCUGGCCUCUAAUGACAAUUGCGAUUAAAGUGAUUGAUACUUCUCUCAGAGAUGACUUUGGCUUUAAUCAUAUUCUAUGGGUAUAUAGUGGUCGACGUGGUGUGCAUUGCUGGGUUUGUGAUGGAAAAGCCAGAAGGCUGACUAAUGAACAAAGGGCGGCUAUUGCUGAUUAUUUCCAUGUAUACAAGGGCAAUGAAAAUGGUCACAAAAAGAUAUCUUUACCUGGUCUUGUUCUUUAUCCUUUCUUGGCGAGAUCCUAUACCGAAGUUCUGAAGGGUUUUUUUGAGGCCAAACUGCUUCCAAACCAAAAUUUACUUGCAUCUGAGGAGAGAUAUGAGAAGAUCCUAGAAAUGAUUCCUGAUGCAUCUGUUGCUUCUGAGCUUAGGAGGAGGUGGCAGGAGAAUAAGCGAGCUUCCAUGUCAAAAGAUGACAUUAAUAUUGUUAGGUGGGAGCAACUAAAAUCUAUCCUGCAAUCGGGUAAACAAAAGAUGCAAGGACUACGGAGAUGUGUUGAAGAGAUUGUCUUUUCAUAUACGUACCCUAGGCUUGAUAUGGAGGUGUCGAAGCACAUGAACCAUUUACUGAAGGCACCAUUCUGUGUACAUCCAAAAACAGGUCGUGUUUGUGUUCCAAUUGACCCAAACAAUUGUGAUGAGUUUGAUCCAACCACAGUGCCGACCCUACCCCAGCUUCUGGAAGAACUGAACAGGGAAGGACCAAGACAAGAUGCUGAGAAUGAAUGGGAUAGAACCUCUCUUGGAGAGUCGGUCACGUUUUUCAGAACAUCAUUUUUACAGCCUCUGCUAAAAUCUUGCAAGGAGGAGAUAGAAAAUUCUUACAAUGCAAAGCUGCAGCAGUCCAAGAAUGCCCUCAGUUGGUAAUGUUUUCUAACCAGUAUCAUCUAAGAAUCCGGUCAUCUUUUGAUGUAUAAUUAUAUGAAUUUGUAUUAUGUUCCAUGUAUGCUUUUAUGCUAUUCAAAACAUGAUACGAUAAUAUAUUUAAUUAAUGCCAGGAGUAAUGUUUCAUUGAAA